CAUGGCCCCGGUGCUGCCGCGCCGCCUGGGCAAGCGCUCCCUGCUGGGCGCCCGCGUGGGCCCCGCGCCCGCCCGGACCCUUCCGGAACCUUCCGCGCUCCGUGAUCCCGGAUCCCCCCCGGGGCAGCCGCAGGUGCUCCCGACUCCCCUGGACGAGCAGCUCCCGGCAUUCCCGGCUCCGUCCCUGCCCGGCUCCGGCAUUCCCGAGAGAUCCGUGUCCUGCAGCAUCGACGUUCCCAAAAGGAGCUGGCAGGCGGCGGUGGAGAUGGACGAGAUGGUGGCGGCGCUGGUGCUGACCAGCCUGUCCUGCAGCCCCGCCCUGCGCCGCCCCCCCUUGCAGGGCGCCGGUGACCCCUGGAAGGACAGCGGGGACAUCUCGGACAGUGGCAGCAGCACCACCAGCGGCCACUGGAGCAGCGCUGGCAGUGCCACCGCGUCCCCUCCCCACUGUCCCAGCAGUGCCACCGCGUCCCCUCCCCACUGUCCCAGCAGUGCCACCGCGUCCCCUCCCCACUGUCCCAGCAGUGCCACUGCGUCCCCUCCCCACUGUCCCAGCAGUGCCACCGCGUCCCCUCUUCCCUGUCCUGAUGCUGCCACCGUGUCCCCUCCCCACUGUCCCAGCAGUGUCACCAUGUCCCCUCCUCACUACCCUGGCAGUGUCACUAUGUCCCCUCCUCACCAUGCCAGCAGUGCCACCACGUCCCUUCCUUGCUACCCUGGCAGUGCCACCGUGUCCCCUCAUCACACUGGCAGUGCCACCGUGUCCCCUCCCCAUCACACUGGCAGUGCCACCGUGUCCCCUCCCCAUCACACUGGCAGUGCCACCGUGUCCCCUCCCCGCUGUCCCUGCGCUGCCACCGCGUCCCCUCUGAGCGACGACGGCUUCGACACCGACCCCGAGCCCUGGGUGCCGGAGGAGCCGGCGCCGCGCCGCAGGAAGGGACGGCUCGGAGCGCGAGGAGGAUUUCUAUUACACGGAGCUGCGCGUGCCCGAGGAGCCGCCCCCGGAGCUGCCACCGCCCGCUGUCCCCUCUGUCCCCGCUGUCCCCUCUGUCCCCGCUGUCCCCGCGGUCCCCGGUGCCACCGCUGUCCCCGCUGUCCCCGCGGUCCCCGGUGCCAGCGGGGCCGUGUCCUGCUCUGCCCCCAUUGUCAUCCAGCCCGGCCCCGGCCAGCCCGGCCUGAGCCACUCGGCACCCGGCUCCUUCUGGCACAUCCAGGCCGACCACGCCUACCAGGCUCUGCCCUCCAUCCAAAUCCCGGUGUCCCCUCACAUCUUCACCAGCAUCAGCUGGGCCGCUGCCACCUCCCCCCUGCCGUCCCUGUCACCGGCGCGGAGCCGCUCCCUCAGCCUCGGCGACCCUCAGCCCCCUCAGCCGCCGCCAUUGCUGCCGCCCCGGCUCCUCGUGGCCUCCCCGCCCCGCGCCUCCCUCAACACCAGAAAAAUCCGCGGCGAGGCCAAGAAAUGCCGCAAGGUUUACGGCAUCGAGCACCGGGAGCAGUGGUGCACGGCGUGCCGCUGGAAAAAGGCCUGCCAGCGCUUCCUGGACUGAAUUCCCACCUGGAUUCCCUUUGGCCCGCCUGGAAUUCCCUCAGGAAUCUGGGAAUUCCCUCAGGAAAUUUGGGAAUUCCCUCAGGAAUUUGGGAGUCGCCUCAGAAAUCCGUGGAUUUCCUCAUUGCUGCCAGCGGGGACUGAGUUUCGCCGCCGUAUUCUCCUUUUCCCACUCGAAUUCCCUCAGGAAAUCUGGGAAUUUCCUCAUUGCUGCAAGCAGGGACUGAAUUCCAACCCCAUAUUCCCCUUUUCCCACCUGGAAUUCCCUCAGAAAUUCGGGAAUUCCCUCAGAAAUCUGGGAAUCCCCUCAGGAAAUUUGGGAAUUUCCUCAGAAAAUUUGGGAAUUUCCUAAGGAAAUUUGGGGAUUUCUUCAGAAAAUCUGGAAAUUCCCUCAGGAAAUCUAGGAUUUCCCUCAGAAAUCUGGGAAUUUCCUCAGGAAAUUUGGGAAUUCCCUCAGGAAUUUGGGAGUCUCCUCAGAAAUCCGUGGAUUUCCUCCUUGCUGCCAGGACUGAAUUUCGGCGCCGUAUUCUCCUUUUCCCACCCGAAUUCCCUCAGGAAAUCUGGGAAUUUCCUCAUUGCUGCAAGCAGGGACUGAAUUCCAACCCCAUAUUCCCCUUUUCCCACCUGGAAUUCCCUCAGAAAUUCGGGAAUUUCCUCAGAAAUCUGGGAAUCCCCUCAGGAAAUUUGGGAAUUCCCUCAGAAAAUCUGGAAAUUCCCUCAGGAAAUCCAGGAUUUCCCUCAGAAACCUGGGAAUUUCCUCAGGAAAUUUGGGAAUUCCCUCAGAAAUCCAGGAAUUUCCUCAGAAAUUUGGGAAUUCUCUCAUAAAUUUGGGAAUUCCCUCAGAGAAUUGGGGAAUUUCCUCAGAAAUCUGGGAAUUUCUUCAGAAAUCUGGAAAUCCCCUCAGAAAUUUGGCAAUUUCCUCAGGAAAUUUGGGAAUUUCUUCAGAAAUAUGGGAAUUUCCUUGGGAAUCUGGGAAUUCCCUCAGGAAAUUUGGGAGUCUCCUCAGAAAUCCGUGGAUUUCCUCCUUGCUGCCAGCGGGGACUGAAUUUCGCCGCCGUAUUCUCCUUUUCCCACCCGAAUUCCCUCAGGAAAUCUGGGAAUUUCCUCAUUGCUGCAAGCAGGGACUGAAUUCCAACCCCAUAUUCCCCUUUUCCCACCUGGAAUUCCCUCAGAAAUUCGGGAAUUUCCUCAGAAAUCUGGGAAUCCCCUCAGGAAAUUUGGGAAUUCCCUCAGAAAAUCUGGAAAUUCCCUCAGGAAAUCCAGGAUUUCCCUCAGAAACCUGGGAAUUUCCUCAGGAAAUUUGGGAAUUCCCUCAGAAAUCCAGGAAUUUCCUCAGAAAUUUGGGAAUUCUCUCAUAAAUUUGGGAAUUCCCUCAGAGAAUUGGGGAAUUUCCUCAGAAAUCUGGGAAUUUCUUCAGAAAUCUGGAAAUCCCCUCAGAAAUUUGGCAAUUUCCUCAGGAAAUUUGGGAAUUUCUUCAGAAAUAUGGGAAUUUCCUUGGGAAUCUGGGAAUUCCCUCAGGAAUUUGGGAGUCUCCUCAGAAAUCCGUGGAUUUCCUCCUUGCUGCCAGGACUGAAUUUCGCCGCCGUAUUCUCCUUUUCCCACCCGAAUUCCCUCAGGAAAUCUGGGAAUUUCCUCAUUGCUGCAAGCAGGGACUGAAUUCCAACCCCAUAUUCCCCUUUUCCCACCUGGAAUUCCCUCAGAAAUUCGGGAAUUUCCUCAGAAAUCUGGGAAUCCCCUCAGGAAAUUUGGGAAUUCCCUCAGAAAAUCUGGAAAUUCCCUCAGGAAAUCCAGGAUUUCCCUCAGAAACCUGGGAAUUUCCUCAGGAAAUUUGGGAAUUCCCUCAGAAAUCCAGGAAUUUCCUCAGAAAUUUGGGAAUUCUCUCAUAAAUUUGGGAAUUCCCUCAGAGAAUUGGGGAAUUUCCUCAGAAAUCUGGGAAUUUCUUCAGAAAUCUGGAAAUCCCCUCAGAAAUUUGGCAAUUUCCUCAGGAAAUUUGGGAAUUUCUUCAGAAAUAUGGGAAUUUCCUUGGGAAUCUGGGAAUUCCCUCAGGAAAUUUGGGAGUCUCCUCAGAAAUCCGUGGAUUUCCUCCUUGCUGCCAGCGGGGACUGAAUUUCGCCGCCGUAUUCUCCUUUUCCCACCCGAAUUCCCUCAGGAAAUCUGGGAAUUUCCUCAUUGCUGCAAGCAGGGACUGAAUUCCAACCCCAUAUUCCCCUUUUCCCACCUGGAAUUCCCUCAGAAAUUCGAGAAUUCCCUCAGAAAUCUGGGAAUCCCCUCAGGAAAUUUGGGGAUUCCCUCAGAAAAUUUGGGAAUUUCCUAAGGAAAUUUGGGAAUUCCCUCAGAAAAUCUGGAAAUUCCCUCAGGAAAUCCAGGAUUUCCCUCAGAAAUCUGGGAAUUUCCUCAGGAAAUUUGGGAAUUCCCUCAGGAAUUUGGGAGUCUCCUCAGAAAUCCAUGGAUUUCCUCCUUGCUGCCAGGACUGAAUUUCGCCGCCGUAUUCUCCUUUUCCCACCCGAAUUCCCUAAGGAAAUCUGGGAAUUUCCUCAUUGCUGCAAGCAGGGACUGAAUUCCAACCCCAUAUUCCCCUUUUCCCACCUGGAAUUCCCUCAGAAAUUCGGGAAUUCCCUCAGAAAUCUGGGAAUCCCCUCAGGAAAUUUGGGAAUUCCCUCGGAAAAUUUGGGAAUUUCCUAAGGAAAUUUGGGAAUUCCCUCAGAAAAUCUGGAAAUUCCCUCAGGAAAUCCAGGAUUUCCCUCAGAAACCUGGGAAUUUCCUCAGGAAAUUUGAGAAUUCCCUCAGAAAAUUUGGGAAUUUCCUAAGGAAAUUUUGGGAAUUCUCUCAUAAAUAUGGGAAUUCCCUCAGAGAAUUGGGGAAUUUCCUCAGAAAUCUGGGAAUUUCUUCAGAAAUCUGGAAAUCCCCUCAGAAAUUUGGGAAUUUCCUCAGGAAAUUUGGGAAUUUCUUCAGAAAUAUGGGAAUUUCCUUGGGAAUCUGGGAAUUCCCUCAGGAAAUUUGGGAGUCGCCUCAGAAAUCCGUGGAUUUCCUCAUUGCUGCCAGCGGGGACUGAGUUUCGCCGCCGUAUUCUCCUUUUCCCACCCGAAUUCCCUCAGGAAAUCUGGGAAUUCCCUCAUUGCUGCAAGCAGGGACUGAAUUCCAACCCCAUAUUCCCCUUUUCCCACCUGGAAUUCCCUCAGAAAUUCA